AUGGCGGGUGAAGAUCUCACUAAGGUCAAUGCCAGGAACAUCAUCAAGCCGACGAUCGACCAUCUUCGUGAAGAUGUUCGUCAGAUGCUGGAGGAGCGCAAGAAGAAAUGUGAUGAGGAGGAUCUGCAGGCAGUGCUUGCAAUCUUUAAAGUUGACCGAUGGGGUAACAUCACCAAGGUCAAGGACAUCACCUUCACAUCCACCUCCACGGAUGCAUCUACCGAGGAGCAUUUCACCUCCUCCACCUCCUCAUCGUCAUCGUCAUCGUCAUCAUCGUGCUACUACCCUGUUGCAGCCCUAGCCGCGCUGCUGUCCUUGGACGCGGCCGACAGGAAGGACACACAGCUGCUCAACGACCUUGUCCAGCACAUGGACGCCGACGAGUGCUCCGGCUGGUCCUCUUCAUCAUCCUCGUGUACUUCCUCCGGGACAGGAAUGGAAUCGAUAGGCACAGCCAACGGCCGUCAUUGGCGGCAGGACGCCUGGCCGGGCCAGAAGCAGGAGGCCUUCAUCGGGGUACGCAAGCGGCCAUGGGGUAAGUUCGGCGCCGAGAUCCGCGACUCCACACGCGGAGGCGCCCGCGUGUGGCUCGGCACCUUCGACAACCCCGAGGCCGCCGCAAUCGCCUACGACCAGGCCGCCUUCGCCUCCCGCGGCGCCGACGCCAUCCUCAACUUCCCCAUCAGGCACGUUCAGCAGUCACUCCACACAAUCGUGGACGCCACCGCCGGAGUCUCCCCUGUCCUCGCGCUGAAGCGCCACCACUCCAGGCGCAUGAGCACGGCGCGCAGGCGGAGCAAGCUCCAAUUGGCACCCCAAAGCGCCACCGCGUCCAGCGUAUCGUCCGUGGCGGCUAUGGCGGUGCCGCAGCCGGUGGCGACACCCGGCCACUGCGAUGUGCUGGAGCUUGAGGACCUCGGCGCUGAGUACUUGGAGGAGCUCCUCCGGAUGGCAUCCGAGGACUGACACUCAAGGGAUUACCCUUUUCCGGUGGCGUAAUCAUCCUGCUCGUCACAAUUACACAUGGAUUAGCACGGCUAGAGCUAGUCAUGUCUCUAUCAUGUGUCACCACCCUGGCUCAACUGCUUCUAUUCAUUUAUUCUUUUUCAUUUUUCA